GAUUAUUAUACUUAUUAUGAUUAUUGUAUUAUUUUUUAUUGUUUUAUUCACAUUUUUGCUUAUUCAUAAUAUUAUCUUAAUUCUCCCCUUUCUAACUCUCCCCAUCUUCCGUCCACAUGUUUAUUAUUUCCUAAUAUUGUAUUUUUUUCUCUCCCUUUGUCCACAGGCGUACGUGCGGCGCUUCCCGACGUGUGACAUGAUCCCCAUCAUGGCGGGAACUGACGUGAUCAAGGAGCAUACGUCUAAAGAUAAGGCGGUCACGCAGAUCUCGCGCCGGUGCAGGCUUCACGUGGAGGCGCCGUAUCUGCUCAAAAAGAUCAUGGGGGUAGAGUACAUCUUCUUUGUACAGACCAACACACUUGAUAGGAGGAACCGCACUCUUCAUAUUGAAGCUUAUAAUGAGAGCUUCUCCGCGCGAGUCACCAUUCAAGAAAACUGCAAAUACUCUGUACAUCCAGAAAAUAGUGAAUGGACUUGCUUCGAACAAACUGCAAGUUUAGAUGUCAAGUCUUUCUUUGGGUUUGAGAGUACUGUUGAAAAAAUUGCAAUGAAGCAGUAUUCUCAAAACAUAUCAAAGGGCAAAGAAAUCAUUGAACACUUCAUUGAAGUUCUACGGAAGGAGAACAUCACGGAAGUCCCCAGAUGGAUAGAGCCGGCCACAAAAGCCACAGCCGAGAUCUGUGAUGCCAAAGAAGUUAAGAAGGAGGAGGAGAGCAGUGAGGCCGAGAGCAGCUCCGAGGAGUCCGAACUCAGGGAAAGAACCAGCAGCACCCCCUCCACAGGCUCCACAGAGCUCCAUCUGGGGGCCUCCGCUGCCAACAUCCCCAACAUGGAGAAGAUCAAUCUCAAUGAAGAUGUUUUCAUGACAGACACAAAGUUCAUUAAACGGUGUCUGAAUAACGUAGUGACGGAGGAGGUGGAUAAUUGCAGAACAGAUCAGGAUAACAACAAGCUGGAUGCUGACUACAUCAAGCGGUGCUUAGGUGACCUGACCCCACUCCAGGAGUCUAGAUUAAUACAGCUCAAGAAAUGGGUUGGCGAGCUUCAGAAAGGAAAGGUCCCCAGCGAUGCUUGCCUACUGAGAUUCUUGCGGGCGAGAGACUUCAACAUCGAGAAGGCCCGAGAGAUGCUGAGUCAUUCCCUGAUAUGGAGAAAGAAGAACCAGAUUGACAAGAUCAUGAAUGAGUAUCAGAUCAAUCAAGUGGUGAAAGACUACUUCCCAGGAGGGUGGCACCACCAGGAUAAGGAGGGAAGACCUCUGUAUCUUCUGAGACUGGGUCAGAUGGAUGUCAAGGGACUGGUGAAGUCUGUAGGUGAAGAGGGACUGCUCAAACAUACUCUGCAUAUCUGUGAAGAAGGCCUCCGACUAACUGAAGAGGCCACAGCCAGUCAGAGUCAACCAAUUACAAAUUGGACUCUCCUGGUUGACCUAGAAGGCCUAAACAUGAGGCAUCUGUGGAGACCAGGCAUCAGGACCUUACUAAAGAUAAUUGAGAUUGUAGAGGCAAACUACCCUGAGACUAUGAGUCGAGUCCUCAUUAUUCGUGCUCCUCGAGUUUUUCCUAUUCUGUGGACACUUGUUUCUACAUUCAUUGACGACAACACAAGAUCAAAGUUCCUCUUCUAUGGUGGAAAUGACUACCAGGGCCCAGGUGGCUUGGUUGACUACAUGCCAAAGGAAAAUAUCCCUGAUUUCUUAGGAGGUGAAUGUAAGCGAAGCACACUUUCUCGCUUAGGCCCAGUACCCGAGUCCUUGUACACUGUCACGUACCCAGACGAGCUGGAGCUUAGAAGUAUGGUGCAUGAGGGAGGCUUGGUGCCAAAGAGCAUGUACCAACCUGGAGAGGAGUUUGAGGGAACAAGGCAACACAUCCUCCUCUCAGAACAGUCUGUUUAUCACUCUGUGUCUCUAGGCCGUGGACAGGUGCAUGAGGUGGUGCUGUUAAUUGAGGAACCUGGUUCAGUUAUCUGCUGGGACUUUGAUGUCAUGAAGAGCGAUGUCACUUUCUCUGUUUUACGCACCAAGGUUCCCAUGACAAAUCGGCAGGAGCCACACUCACCUACAGGUGCAAUGGGUGUGAUUGAUGCAGUGAUUGGCACUGAUGACCAGCAUCGCUCUGUGAUUGAGAAGACUUGGCGAGAAGGUCAUGAGUACUUCCGUGUUGAACCUCAGCUAGUUUGUCAUGAUGGAGAAAGUAUACAGUUUCAUGAGCGAGAUGUGCACGAAACCUGCCGUAUGGAUCUACAGCGAGUCUAUCGUGAAGGAGAAAGCUCUCAGGGGUCUCAUGUGACAUCACACAUGGGGACGUACAUAUUACAAUGGCGCUACUAUGAGUCUACGCAGCACACCUCACCCUUAGAUAUUAUUGAUACCAUAACUGCACCCAAGGCAAAGAUUAUGUAUUACUAUGAGACUCUCAAGUCAGCAGACUACAGGGGAUCCAUGACAAGCCUUCAGUCCUGUCAGAGUGGCUUCUCAUCCCUGUCAUCCAACACCAACAAGUCAGCGACGUCAUCCUGUCCGUCCCGCUGACCUUGAUGAAUUGAUUAUUAGGGUUCAAAGUGUUUUCUUAAUCAGGGUUGAAAUCACUCUCUUGACUGAACUGAAGUAGAGUACAACUAUUCUUUAUCAAGUUUCUUGUUUCUUUCUUUUUGUUUUUAAGAAAGAGCCUAAGUAUUCUAAACAUUUUGGAUCUUCAGGUUUUUGUAAAUGCUAAAUAUAGCUGCUGUAAAAAAGAAAUCAGGAAAAGAAAGAAAAGAAAAUAACCUGGUACUAUCUUCAAUUUUUUAGCAUGAAAGACCCAUUAUUGUUAUCAUCCUUUUCCAUAUUAUGAUGUGGAUGGUGUUAUUCCAAGUAUUUCCAUCCUUUGUGGUUUAUGCAAAUCACAGGUAUUUUAGACUGUACGGGGGAUGUAUAUCAUAAGAAUUAUGCAGUGGAAUGGAGAGUUACAGGGUAUUUUUCAUGGAUUGAAAAUUUUGAGGAAUUUAUCACUGUUGUUCAGAGUAUCAAAUUUGCCUGACUUCCCGCAUAAUGAUUAAUGUAGACUUUAGAAUGCUCUUGCCAAACUGUCACAAAAUGUACCAGUGAUAAUAGAGAAGCUCCUAUCAUCUCAUAAGCAAUAGGUACAAACAGUCGUUUUGUAAUGGUAGAGCCCAGCUGGUGCUUUUGGCAUUGUACACAUGUCUCUAGUGGAAUGGAAGCCCUUCCUUGUAAAAUGGGGUCAGACUUUAUGUAGAAACCAUCACUCUGUUACAUUUGGCAUUAAGGGUUCCGAAUUCAUGUUACCAAAUAUUUGUUUCUGGAAAUUGCUAGCAUGAUUGAUAUUCUUAAAAAGGAGUUUAGGAUGUCUGCAUUUUAUUUUUUGAAGAUGUUUUGUGAAACGGUACCCUCCUUGGGAAUACCUCUUGGCAUAUACCUCUAUUGUGAGUAUUUUAGUAUUUUCACACGGAAAAUAGUCUAGUUUUUACAUAGAUUUAUCAGCAAGAAAGAUGCGAGUCUUGAGCUUGGCUCACUUUCAGUAAUGUCUUGUUUAGACAAUUGGAUUACUUUAUUUUUUAUUUGUUUUUACAUAGUUAAAAAGAAGUUUGCUCAAUGAAAUGGUACAAUAAAAAAAUACAAAUGAUCAUAUAUGUAAGUAAUGUAGAAAUACAUCUAAUAGAUUGAGUAAACAGACCAUCAGCUCAGUGUAGAGAAAAGUUAGCUUUCAUAGGAACUCCUCAUGAAAAUCCCUAAAGUGCAGAGGAGUCCCCAAGAAGAGGAAUUAAUAAAAAAAGAAAAAAAAAAAGAAUCCUAAACAUUCUUAUAAAUGUAGCUUCUAUGAAGACUUGAUAAGAGUAGGUAUUGUGCAGAGAGGAUAACAUGAUUUUACGAAAGUUUAGAGGGUCAUGUAUUAUUUUACUAUACCAUUAGGGAAUGCUCAAGAAAUGUUUGAAAUAUGAGACCAAGAAAUCAAAUGUGAAACUGUUUGUUCUUGUGAUGAACAGAGAAUUUGUGUGAUCAAUUAGUGAGUCAAACUCUAAGAUGAUGUCCCCUGUAAGGUGUCAAACAGGCGUCUUUUUCCCCGUCUUCCAUAAAGGUCUAUCAUCCAUCAUUCACCAACCACAAUUCAUGACUUGAGCAAACGAUUAUCACCAGAGAGAAAGCUGAAUGUGAGAUAUUGGUAAUAUUAUAGUAAUUCCAUAUAUUUUAAAAACAAGUACGAAGAGUUAGUGUAGGGCCUAGCAUAAAAUAUGAAUUAAGAAAAAGCCUCUAUAUGCACAUGUUUAGUAUUGUUGUAAGGUCUGUGUAUGCAUAUGUACAUGCUUGCACAUUGUUAAAACUCAGUGUAGAUCACUGAAGUCCAUUUUAUAGUGUAAUUAUUAAAUGAAAUCAGUAAAAAAAUAAAAACCUAUUGCAGAAACUGUACAACUGUCUAGUUACUUUAUUCAGUUGAUAGUAUACAUGCUUCAUUGUUAUCUGCCGGAGAAGGAAGCUAAAAUUUGAUAUGUAUAUUCAUGUCUUUGAUUAGAUUUUUUUGGGGAAAAAAGUGAAUUGUCAGCAAUCUUAAAGUUGUCCAGUGACUGUCUUUAGGCAUGUUUAGUCUAGUCCAACCAUAUCAUAAGAGAUUGUUAUAAAUGAUAUCGUAGUUAUUGCUGAUUUUGGUAAUUUUAAAUACUAAGGCUGAACAUAGGAAGAUUUAUUAUUCUAAAUGAGAAUGUUACUGGAUAAAAAUUGGAUCGUAAAAUGCUGUAUAGAGAGAAUGGGAAGCCAAUUUUGUUUAUCACAGCAAUUUCAGGUCAAUUUCUAAGCACUUUGUGGCUGUAAUUUUUACAUUCAAAACUACAUUUUUGAUUUAGUGUUGGCAUUGGGCUGCCUGGGGCCAACAUGCACCCAUAGUUCUCAAUGAAACUAAUUUCCGUUGGUAAUUGCAAAAAAAUAUAUGUGAAGAAAAAUAAAAGGAAAUGCUUUAAUUAAGAAGGUUGCAUGAUGGGUAAUGAUAUCUCCCACUGUAGUGUAUUAUUUUAAUGUAUACUUUGAAAUAUCACUAGAAUUUGAUCCGAAAGAGUGCUUUCUGUUCUUGGUAUGUUUUUAAGCCUUCAAAAGUAUUUUUUUUAAUUCAGUUUUUACUUUCCUUAGAAGCCUAUGUGGGCAUUCUCACUAAAACAAAAAAAAGGAAAGUUUUGUGUGCCUCACCCUAAGUAAAACAUGAUUGUGCAUUUCCCUUCAAUGAAAAUUGUGCUGAUAAAUUUGGUGAUAUGUGCUUCUUCUUGUAUACCAGCUUGAUAUGAUCUCUCUGCCAAGUUAUUUAUAGGUUUGAGUGAUAUUUAGUGUAUAAAACUGGCUGUAGAGUAUUUAUGUAUUUUAAUUUCUUGAGAAAUUUGUGUAUCCCUUAAGGAUGUGUGUAUAUCUUAUGUGUAGACAUAGGAUACACCCUGUCAUUAAUGCAUACACAGUGGCAACACAAUUGUUUUAAGACAGUUGUAGUAGAUCUGCAACUAGUAUUCUUGAUUGCUGUACUGGUGCCCUGGUGGUAGGUACAUGUGUGGUAAGAGUAGGAAAGUGUACUUGUUACAGGUAGGAUUUUAGGGGCUGGUCAUUUUGAUGAAAAAUGUUCUUGAAUAUUUCUCUUUUUUCUCUCUUCACAUAUGUUGUUUAAGUCCUCUUUUCUCUUAUUUUCUUUACAUAGCAUCACCUUGAAUUUAUUUGUGAAGGUGAAUUUAGCUUAAGGUUUUAAUGAAUAAAGAAUAUUGAAUUAUUAUAUUAAGUUGUAAAUUGGUUUUGUCAAUACUAUAAAAUGCAAGGUCCUUGUUUUUUUAAUGGUGUAUUUUUUUAUUAAUAUUUUAACCAUAAAAUAAAAUCUUUUUUUUUUUUUUUUUUUUUUUUUUUUUUUUUGGAAGACCAAGAUGACUCCACCCCCAUCUGAUACUGAAAAUGUUUAGUUUAGAUGAAAAUAAAACAAAUAUGGCUUUUUUAAGGGUAGGAUAAUGCAUUGAAAGUUGACAAGCAAUAAAGACAUAUAUUUCUAACUAAAGUUUAGAUAUGAAAAUAAAGUUUAGAUAUGAAAAUAGACUUGACGUACAUGACCCAUAAUUUGGAAUAUAUUAUGAUGAUUUUCUAAAUUAGAGUUCUUGCUUGGUACCAAUAGUGAUAUUAGACUGAGUCCAGAUAAUGUUGUUUAUAUCCUAGGUUAUUGCAUCAUUAUAUGUGCUUUUACAUUUGCACUUACACACAAACACAAGCCCCACUUUCCUAAGUUUACAUAAAAUACAAACAUAGGUAUUGGUACUUUCAAAAAUAAGAAAAAUGCAGCAGUAAAAAACAGGAUUAGAAGUCCUUUUUCACAUGGUUCUUGAUUUACUAAUAUGUUAUAUGAUAUUAAUUUAAACAAAAAAAUGCUGAUUAGGUAGUGUUGGUAUGUGCUUUAUUAUAUUCUUUAAAAUAAAGGUGAAGUAUUACAUUAUCUGGAUUAUGGAGCUUAAAACAAGAAACUAGAGUGAUGACAAGUUUCUUGCAUAAAUAAUGUACUUAUCAGGGUGAUACUGUAACAUAGAAUCCGUGCUGCUCUUUUAGUGAGUAAAAAAGAAUAUACAGUAACAUGGAAGAAA